AUGCUGGGCCUCUUCACCGCGGCCUCUUCUUCCUUCGCGGGCGAGGCUCGCUUCUCCGCUCGCGGUGCUGCGUGGUCGCCGCGUUCUCCGUCCCUGAGCCUGACGGGCGUCAUCCCCGACAUUGCUACAGUUCCCGAGGGAGUCCUCUCGCGCACGACGAGCGGCCGGCCGCUCGUCGAUCAGCGCCCGCGGCCGCGGCGCAACCGCAAGAGCGCCGCCGUCCGGCGGAUGGUGCGCGAGACGUCGCUGACGCCGGCCAAUUUUGUGUAUCCGCUCUUCAUCCACGACGUGGCGGAGAACGCGGAGAUCGCGUCGAUGCCGGGCUGCGAGCGGCACUCGCUCCCAUCGAUGCUCGCCGAGGCGCAGGACGCGUGGCAGUACGGCGUCCGCUCCUUCAUCCUCUUCCCGAAGGUUGAGGACGAGCUCAAGUCGAACCGCGGCGAGGAGUCGUACAACCCGGAGGGGAUCGUGCCGCGCGCGGUGCGGAUGAUCAAGGAGGCGCUGCCCGAGUCGAUCGUCUUCACCGACAUCGCGCUCGACCCGUACUCCUCCAUGGGCCACGACGGCAUCGUCGAGGACGGAAAGAUCCUCAACGACGACACCAUCGAGCAGCUCUGCAAGCAGGCCCUCUGCCACGCGCGCGCCGGAUCCGAUUGCGUCGCGCCGUCCGACAUGAUGGACGGCCGCGUCGGCGCCAUCCGCGACGCCCUCGACGCCGAGGGCUUCACCGACGUCUCCAUCCUCGCGUACACGGCAAAGUACGCCUCUGCCUACUACGGCCCCUUCCGCGACGCGCUCGACUCGCACCCCGGCUUCGGCGACAAGAAGACGUACCAGCAGGACCCUGCCAACGGGCGGGAGGCGAGCGCCGGAAGGGCGUACAUCGAGGCCGAGCUCGACGAGGCCGAGGGGGCGGACAUCCUCCUCGUCAAGCCAGGCCCGCCCCAAACCCUAGCCGAGACCACCUCGUCACGGUCGGGCCUGCCCUACCUCGACGUGGCCCACCGGCUCCGCCAGUCGACCAGCCUGCCCGUCGCAGCCUACCACGUCUCGGGCGAGUACUCGAUGCUCAAGGCGGCGGCCGAGCGCGGCUGGCUCGACGAGCGCAAGGUCGCGCUCGAGACGCUGCUCUGCUUCCGCCGCGCGGGCGCUGACAUCAUCCUCACGUACUACGCGAAGCAGGCGAGCAAGUGGCUUAUGGAGGAGCCGGACCUCUAAGAGAGAGGUCGGGCUGCAGGAUACUCGCGAGGGUAUGGGGGUCGCUCGCUCUCGCCAACAUGGUUUGCCACACGCUGACACGCACGCACCGUCGGGUAUGGGUCGACGGGUAUAUUUGGGCGCCGGCCCGGCGGGGAGGGCACCUACGCGAGAGCGCGCGGCGUGGGGUUGCUGUUGGUUGUGUGUGUAAAUUGCGCGAAAAAGCCGGAAAAUAAUGC